GCGGAGUUUCAAGACACGGGCUUCAACUUUAUUGGUGCUUCCAUCUCGUCGUCGCUGGCAGCAACGACGACCUUUCCUCUCGUCCUCCAUAGUACUUUGUGCUCGAAAUGUCUUUCGCUGGCAGACGCAGGGGUAACAAGGUCAAGAAGGGUGUCCAGUUCACCCUGAUGGUCGUUGGUUCAUCCGGUACUGGCAGGACGACCUUUGUGAACACGCUUUGCGAGUCCGAAGUACUAGCCCACAAGGUCUGCGAUGAGCCCGAGAGGGCGCACAUAGAGGAGGGUGUCAGGAUCAAGCCCAUGAAUGUCGAGCUCGAUGAGGAUGGUGUUCGAAUUGCUCUGACCAUUGUUGAUACCCCCGGCUUCGGCGACAACAUCGACAAUGAGUUCGCAUUUCAGGAGAUUGUCGGGUAUCUUGAACGUCAAUACGACGACAUUUUGGCGGAGGAGUCUCGUAUCAAGCGUAACCCGCGGUUCAGGGAUAAUCGUGUCCACGCUCUCCUCUACUUCAUCCCCCCGACCGGCCAUGCUCUACGUGAGAUGGACAUCGAGCUGAUGCGCCGUCUCUCCCCCCGUGUGAACGUUAUCCCCGUCAUCGGCAAAGCUGACUCGUUCACGCCCUCGGAGCUCAAAGGCUUCAAGAAGAGGAUAAUGGAGGAUAUCGAGUAUUACGACAUCCCGAUCUACAAUUUCCCUUACGACGUCGAAGAAGAUGACGAGGAGACUAUUCAAGACAAUAGUGAACUCCGGAGCAUGCUUCCCUUCGCCAUUGUAGGUUCUGAGGAGGAAGUCGAUAUGGACGGACAGCCUGUCCGUGCCAGGAUCUACCCAUGGGGCGUUGCUGAGGUGGACAAUCCCAAGCACUCUGACUUCAGUGUACUGCGCCGUGCCUUGCUCAGCACUCAUCUCACGGACUUGAAGUCCCUGACUCAUGACGUUCUCUACGAGACGUACCGUACGGAGAAACUCUCCAGAACCGUGCACCCCGAUGGACACGAGCAAUCGAUACUUCCGGAGGAGCUGGCAACCCAGAGCGUGCGUCUCAAGGAAGAGCAGUUGCGCAGGGAGGAAGAGAAACUCCGGGAGAUCGAGCUCAAGGUCCAAAGAGAGAUCCAGGAGAAGAGACAGGAACUCUUGGCCAAAGAAGAGUCCCUCAGGAACCUGGAAUCUCGCCUUGCUGCCCAAGGUUCAUCCUACGACCCGGCGUACGACGGGAGGGAUUGAUGCUCCCGUGCACAGCCUUCUGUUCCGGGGUGAUGUGUGCUCGGUGUAUACCCAUUCAGGUCUUGAAAAAUCUUAUGGCUUCGCCAUGUCCGGCCAUAUCGCUGGUUGUUUAAGUCUCCUGUCUUUUGGACCGUCGUCUUCGGGGCUGCUUUUCCUGGCACUUCGUUGUUGACUGGAUGUUUAUGUUUUGUUGCAAUAGGGACUUCCUCCACACCAACCGUGUCCAUUCCUUUCAGACGUAAUAUCCUGCCUGUCUAUCCUACUUGCGCUCUUGAGUGUUUAAUGCACUUGUGAUACUUGACAUUGCAGCUGCGACCUCA